AUGAAUGGCGCAUCGGGAGCCAUGUCGCCUGUCUCUGUCGAUGGUAGCGACUGGUCUGGACUGAAUCAGUAUGGAAAAUCGGACUCAACAUUCUCCCCGACAUUCCCGUCAUCACGAGCCAAUCUAGCCACACCUCCAACCUCCGGCAUCCCAAGCGCACCCUUGAGUCCCAACGGGCCACCUCCCUCACUCUCACCCUCCAACCUGAGCGGCAACCCAUCCCCACCCAGUUCGGUCGCAGCAAGGUCCAGUUCUGGGACAUUGGGCGACGGCCAGCGCGAUGGAAGACGCUACCGUCAGAUGGAGGAGAUUCUGGGCCAACACUACGUCGUCCUCAAACGAUUCUUGAAUGGCACAAAUCGCGACGACCGGGCCAAGUCAAAUAAAGCCCGGGACAAACUGCUGCGCCUGUCGCCAACCCAGUUCCACGAACUCUCCACCGAUGUCUACGAUGAAUUGAUCCGGCGGCAGCAGGCCUCGCCGCCCCCGGGACGACCACCCCGUCCAGAUGUACCUCCCUACCUCCCUCCUCGCGACGAUUUCCACGAAAAGCGCAAUCAUGCCCGUCAAAAGCUGGCUGCCCUCCACCACCCACGUUUCCGAGAUCUGGCGACCGACGUCUUUUGUGAAUUGGAGCGCCGGUUCCCACAUUUCACCAGUCGGGAAUACCGCGGCCGCCCGCCUCCCAGUAUGGGACCUCCCAGCGCUCGCACAUCACACUCCUCCCGGGGCCCUCCUUCGCGCAUGGGGCGUGGAUACCCAUCUGGCGGUCCGCCGGGCAGUCCAUUCCCUCCCCGCGGCAACUCUCUUGGAGGCCCGCCGAGUAUGAACGGAGACGGGCCGUUUCCACGGGCUUUCCAGAGCAAUACUAUGGUUCCGAAUAAGAGCACAAUGGUUGAGGAUAGCGAUGAUAUGGGGCCUGACGAUGAGGACGAUGCUCGGAGCGACGCAUUCGGUCUAGAUGCUGUUCUGAGUCGUCGCGGCACCACGACGACAUUGGGUGAUAGUGAACGGAAGCUUCUGGUGGAGAGUCAGAUGCAGGUGUCUGUUCUCCAAAGUAAGAUCGAAAAGUUGGAAGAAUUGGUCCGAACCAAGGACGAGGAGUUGGCCCAUUCAUCACAGGAUGCAGAUUCGUCUGGAAUUAGCCACAACGAACGGCAAGAGUGGGAUGAAUUGCGACAGGAGCUUGAGAGCAAGGUGUACAAAGCCGAGGAUCUCAACAGCUCGCUCCAGCUCGAACUCGAGCGGGUACGAACCGAGCAUGAGACCAUGGAACAGGAUCUUCGCAGCCAGCUCAAUGACGCCUCUCGGGGUGUUGACGAUGCGGGUCUGCAAGCCCGCUAUGUUGAUUUGGAGAACAAGCACCAGAGCUUGCAAGCAGAGUUGGAGCAACAACGACAAGUGACUGACGAAGUCCGUCGCGAGGCAUCGGUCUUCCUUACGGAAAUGAAGGCUCUUUCAGCCGAGAGUCACUCCAACUGGGAGCGAGAAGAACGGCUCUCUAAUGAGGUCAACAGACUUCAGGCAGAAGCUAAUGAAUGGAAGCAUCGCUACGCGAAGGUCAAGGCGCAACUGCGACAGCUUCGCACAUCGUCCGGUGGAUUCGCCGACUCGCGGCCUGACGCAAGCGUUCUUACCAAGGAUCACGAGCUGGUGCAGGCCGACGGGCUGGUCAAGGAUAUCCACGUUACCAAGUUCCAGAUGUCUAUCGACGAACUCCUGCGGGCUGCGCGGUUCGAGGAAUCGCCUGUGGUACUCAGCCAGAUCAAGCUGGUGGUUCUUGCGGUUCGCCAUAUUAUCCAGGACGUGGAACAUUCCCAGGUCCCGGUAGAUGGCUCUGCUGCUUUGCGCGCAAAGGCCAAGGGCCAGGUGUCUACGACAGCAAACAACUUGAUCACUGCUGCUCGCAACUUCGCCAGCUCAAAUGGGUUGUCUCCAGUAUCGCUUCUUGACGCUGCUGCUUCCCAUGUCUGCACUGCCAUUGUGGACUUGAUCCGGGUGGUGAAGAUCCAGGCUUCACCUGCGGAUGAUCUGGAGGAUGAUUAUGACGAGGCGGAUGUGUCUCAGGAGCAGUACCCCGACUACUUUGAUACCUCUGCUAGCCAAAAGAGGUUGAGCAAUCACUCGGUCUACAGUGCUAUAAGUCGCCCGGAUGACUCUCAGUACCCUGCCCAGCAUGAUCUGGCUAAUGGUCUCAAUCAUGGCUGGGGACAUGUACAGGAAGAUCACGAGGUCUUGGAGCUCAAGCUCUACGUUGAGGAUCAGACAGAUGGCAUGGUACAGCAAAUCCAGGCAUUGGUGGCCAGUAUUCGGGCCGAAGACAACCUGCAAAGCGUCCAGACGCACGUCACUGCUAUUUCGGACGUCGUCGCGAAUGUGGUUACCGCUACAGAGCACCUGAUGCGCGAACGCAGUGCGGACGUCAGUUUGCGACAAGCUUCCGAGCCGGUCAUUGCCGCAUUAGACCAGUGCCGUAGCCGAUUGGCGACCACAGCUGGUGAGGGUGAAGAUGUCACCAACCCCGAGCAAUUGCGAGAGCUCACCAACAAGCUACCUCCCAUUGCAUUUGAAAUUGCCCGGCAGACCAAAGAUCUCGUCCAGCGCCUUGAGUAUACCAUGGCUGCUGCUAGCGAGGAAGACGACUUCCGGUGA